GACCAGCAAGCUACAUUAUGCAACACUGUUUAUGCACAUUCACAAAAGGAUAUUCUUUUUUGAGAUAGCCUACAUUAAGUAUAAGGACAGAAUGUCUCAUUGCUCAAUGAAACCGUAACCUCUUCCUUCAUGAAUCUCACAGAAGAGCAUCAAGAGACACCCUGUGUCUAUUCAAACUUUUCUUGUUUGGAAACUUCACCAACAGCAGUGGAUGUGUUGCUCUAUAUACCUGUAGCGAUAGUUGUCUCACUGACCGUGUGUGGAAACUUGCUUGUGAUCAUCUCCAUCUGUCACUUCAAGCAGCUUCAGACACCAACUAAUUUCCUUGUGCUGUCUUUGGCCAUGGUGGACUUUCUUGUUGGGGUAAUUGUGAUGCCCCUGUAUUUUAUUACGUGGAUAGAUCCAUGGAGGUGCUUUGAUAUAUUGUAUUGCACAACUUUUAAGAUAGCAACAUAUUGCUUUACUUGUAUAUCAGUUUAUAACGUAGCUUUAAUUGGAUUGGACCGAUAUCUUUCCCUCUCCUACCCUUUUCACUAUUCCAUGAAAAUUACAGUGAAUGUAACUUUGAGGAUGAUUUUCAUACUGUGGUUGUAUUCAUUAAUCUACAAUAUGGUGCUUCUUUAUUUCAAUGGAGAUUUUACUGACAUGAAAGAAAACAUCACAUGUGGUGUGUGUGUUGGUACAGUCAAUAAAGUAUGGGCUAUUGUUGACUUCAUAAUUGCAUUUGUUUUACCAUGCUCAAUGAUUGUAAUUAUAAACUUGAAAAUUUUUGCUAUCGCUAAAAAGCAUGCAAUUAAAAUUAGAAGUGUCAGAAAGUGCCCAAAAAAUGAUCAUGGUUCUAUGGCCUCUGAAAGGAAAGCAGCAAAAUCCCUUGGAAUUCUAGUGGCAGUCUUCCUUCUGUGUUCAGUACCCUACUAUGUAAGUGCAUUCGUUGAAAUCUAUUUUAAGAACAAAUCUGUCGAUCUUGCAAUUUUUAUUACAGUACCUCUGUUAUAUUUGAAUUCUUCCAUUAAUCCAAUCAUUUAUGCUCUUUUUUAUCCAUGGUUUCAGAGGUCUGUUAAACUCAUACUAACACUCAGAAUAUGUGGCUCAGAGUCUUCUAUGUUGAAUGUGCAACGGGAAACCUAACAAUCUCAGAUGAAUGUCAAAUGAAUGUGAUGUUUAUAAAACAGUUUAAAUUUUUUCAUCCUUGUUUUACAUAGAUUGUCAAAAAGCCCUCUGCUUGCAGUGUUGAACACACCCAACAUAGCAUUGAUUGCCCUCAUGAUGUCAUUAUAACAGUGUUUUUAAACUUCAUUACAAAUGUACAGUGGACUAUAAAGGCCUUAAAGGGCUUACAAAGGAAUAUUCAUAGAAAGUUGUUCUAAAACAAAAAAAUAUUAAAUUCCCUGUAAGAAGUUGUUCUGUUCAAAGGCUUUUUCCAACUUUGUGUAUCUGUUUUCACACUUGACAACCCAUUGUUUCUAUAAUUUGAUAACAUGCUACUGUUUUCCUUUCUUGUCAUUUUUUAUAUAAUAUAAUAAAAUA